AUCGGCCUAUAUUGUUGACAUCAUUUAGCGGUCAUUCACGUCGAUCAUUAUCGCGCAGCCUCACCCAAAACAUUCUGUCCUAAAAAUGCACGUGGGGCUUUUUUUCAGCGGUGUUUCAUGCAUUCGCUGUCGUUUUCCCAGAUGCACCGUUACUACAGUGAAAGCGUAGCUUUGUAAAGAAGUUGAAAAAAAAAUAAGUUCUAGAACAUGACACAUUCUGAAAGCUUCUAGGGUGUGUUGACCCAAAACGGAGCUCACUGGAAUGGCACGGGGCGCGUUCUAAACAGCAAUGCCGGAGACGGUUAAUGUGCAGGUGGAAUAAAAGGACACCGAGCGUACGGUAACGGUGACGUAAAAGUUGCUUUUAGGUUCUGUUACACUGUCGGGAGUAGAUCACAACUGAUUAAAACUAGUUUAGCCUCAGUCUCACAUAUCUCUUUUCAUACAACUUGCUUCAGUUCUGUGGACACACAUGGAUUUUUGCAAACAUGACAGCCAGAUUUCUCUCUUUUGGGGAAGAUGCCCAGGCUGGCACCUUCUAUUUUGUGGGCGUUAUGAUGAGUGCUUGUCAGCUUCUGUCUUUGUUAGAACUAUUUCAUAUUGCAGAUGGUUUUGAAGAGUGCAGACUUUUCCCUCGCUUUAUGCAGAUAAUGCAGAGAAAUGUCCUUCUGCUUCUCCUCAUCAGUCUGGAGGAGUUUCAGAGUAAACCCAUUGUGUGUGUGCAGUUUUAUCUGUGGAAUAUACUGGGCCUUCUAAGGUAUCCGCAUGAGUUAUUUUGCCUUAUAGGCACACCAUAUUUUAAAAUGCUAUGGGUGCAUCAAACACUGUCAAUCCCAGUGUAUUUGCUGUCUGCUGUCACAGAAGGAAUAAGCAUUUCACACAUGUUGCUGUACUUGUCAGAGUCCGAAGGAAUGGAUUCAGUCCAGCUAAAAGUACCUGCAUCAAAGUACAUUAAUUCCCCAUACAUUCUUAUGGGCUGGUUACUUCUUCUUGUAUUAGGAUCCAGUUUAACAUUAAUACUCUUGCUGAAGGAAAGGAAGGAGAAUCUGGAGAGUUGGGAUAAGAAACUGAAGACAGACUAACCCAGAGAAAUGAUCAGUACAGGUCCUCCCAUUCACCAAAGCCAAGUAUUUUAAUUUUAGGAGUAUUAUGUUGGAAGCAGAGUGACCUAUUAUUAAACACAAUUAUGUUUGUUUGUUUGUUUGUUUGUAAUGUUACAAUUAUGAGUAUUUAAACAUGUAAUUGGUUACAGCAGGAAAAAAACAUUUUAACUGAAAAAAUGCACAUGCAAAAAUACAAAAAUACAAGCUUCACAUUUCUGUUUUUUUUUAAACAUCAAAAUCAUUUUCAGUACCACCUAGUCACAACAAUCUUCUGUGAUUUUCUUUUUCAUUGCAUUUAAGCACAGUAGGUACUGCAUGCAUUUGCAUAAGAUAUUUUUCAAAUAUUGGUAGCCCAUUUAAAACAUAUGAAUAAUAAGCUGUAUUUUUUUUUAAAAAAACUACAGGAUACCUUAUUGAUAGGCUACAAUAUUCACCCUUAAGUUGAUCAACAUUAACAGUGUUUCUGGAUUUGCAAGAAACCAAGGUUAAAUAGUUAAAUAUGAAGAGUUCAUAUGCAAAACCCAUCUCGGUCAAAAAUGAGAUAAUGAUACUGAGUGAACGCUCUCGACACAUAUUAUACGUCCAUCAAAUACUUUUACUUCAAACUCACUAAAAUCUCAGCCUCAGCCCAAUCAGAAGUACUGGUACUUACAUAGAAACCUAUACAUCGGAGCCUGACAGAAAUGCAUUUUUUAAAGAAAGACAUCAGAUGGAUUUAGAGGCUUUUGCAUCUGAACUUUCCAUAUAAUAUCUUGCCUUUUAUGUUAAUUUAUAUGUGAAGUUGUUUUUUUGCUCACAGAUUAUUACUAAAAACAGCACACAGCUUAAAGACAUUGGUAAACACAACUUAUAAAGUAAUUUAAAUUAUUAUUAUUAUUGUCAUUAAUAAAUGUUUAAAUCAAAUUUACUCUGUUACUCCUAGAAAGCAAUUAUAUGGCUCCUAGAAAGCUCCUAGAUGCUCACUAAUACUUCCACCAAUUAAAUAAUUCAUAAAGAAGAAGAUAAAUCAGAUAUAACAGUAUAAAAUUAUAUACAAUUUUUUAAAAAUAUUUUUCUUUCACAAAUAGGUUUUGAAAAUGCACUAAUUGGAAAUAGCUGUUAUGAGAGUGUUCCUAAAAUAUAUAUUAUGCAUUACACAGGUGAUAACAUUGGCAAUAUUGUUUUCGCUGCUCACACUUCACUAAUUGUGACCCAUUAAAUAUAACUAUAUAAAAAAAAUCACUUUAUUUAGUUAGUAUAAAAUAUAAAUUUUCAUUUUUAUUUAUUUCUUUAUUUUUUGUAAUUUUUUUUAUUAUUACUAUUUUUUUUAAAUAUGAAUUUUCAGCAUUUUCAACCUAAAAUCAGCAAGUUUUUAUUUUGGUGAGUUGCCGGUGCAUAUGCAUAAGCAUAUGCACUGUCUGUUUUGGCCAAAUGAAGUGCGUCACUGAAUGAAAUGUCACAGUUCCAGCAGCACAUAGCUUAGAUUAAUCCUUUCAGUUCAUAUGGAAAUCUUAUACAGUAUUACAGUCGGUGAUUCAGUGUGCAUUACCAGCUGUCAACCAUGUCGGCACGCAAAAGAGCGACUUAUUUUACAUGAAUGUCUUAAGCUACAGUACUUUCUACUUGGCAAAAACUGGCUAUAGCUUGACGAAAACAUUAUGUCACAGCGUUUGAUUUCACCAUGAUUUUUAGCCAUUAAAAGCAAUGCAAAGAAAGUAAAAGUUUCUGAAAAGGACACUUGAAGUAUCUCCCCCUAUAGAAUCACAUCUGCUGACCUUCUAAGAUGAAUCAGUUCCAUCUUUUUUUCUCCUUGACACAGAGAAAGUUGAGUCUCCGCUCACAGUCUGUAGGUUUACAAACCUUCUGUGUUCUGUCAUAAACCCCACAGCGCUGGUUCAUGGCAGGGCACUGGAACUCUCCGUCCGAAGACCAGACGUUAUAAUCGAAACUGACUCCGUUUACCCAAAACCAACCACCAGCUAGAAAGCGCAGGCCGGUCCACAGUUCAUCUGUAUCAGCUACUGUGCUAUUAAUCUUCGCUUCUUCCAUAAUGUCUUCUGAGUUUAUUAUGGCCAGGUCAGUGUAGUUUUGUCUGCAGUAUUCCAGUGCCUCUUCCCAUGUGCUUUUCUGAUGCACCACAAUCAGCUCAUAGACCUUCAUGCAAUAAAACUUGUAAUUGUCAGAGCAGUGUUUGUCAUGCAUUUUAAAUGUGUCUUUCCUGAUAGCGCCACAUGUUUGAUUAGAAUUAUUAGGUUGAUUAUUCUCCCAAAAUGUAAUCGUUGCUUCUCCGCCUUCAGACCAUAUCCAUUUGGUAAUGUGUGCACUGUCUCUCUGAACUCCGAUCCAAAAAUACUUUCUAUUAAUUAAAGAAUUGGAAGAUAAAACCUGUAAAUCUUUCUCUCUGACAGUGGACAGGUCAUCAUAGUACUGUCUGCAGUACUGCUGUGCAUCAUUCCAUGACACAGUGUGGUUCACGAAAAAGUGAUCUCUGUAGACGCUGAAAUUCAGCCCAAAGAGGGUCAAAAAAAGCAGCACUGUGACUGAAGCCUUCAUGUUCAUUUAGAUGAUUCCCAGUGCAGCAGGAGAAUUCUAAAUGAAUGUGGUAUUCAUUAUUUAUUUCAGGAUAUUAUUGACUUGUUACCACACCUCUUUACAAAUUUUUGGCAUGAACAGACCAAUGAAAACCAGGAGCGCUCUGACAUUGAGAACGACCUUGACGUAUUCUGCCCUUCAGUCACUGCAUAAACAAAUUUCCUUUCUUUAAAAGCCUACUUAAGGCAAAUCAGGUCACUCAGAGAAAGGACAUAUCUAGAAACGCAUUUAAAGCAAUUAAGGUUUAUGACAUUGAAAAUGUCAGGAAGAAGACGGGAAAAAAAAUAAAGACAACUAAUUUUGACUUUUUUAAAAUCCAGAUAAUAUCAUCUAUUCAGUUCUUCACUAGAAGAUACAUUUGUGAGGGACCCCCUUCUCAAAGUAUAGACAUUACUUUUUGUUUGACUUUGGUUGUAAAGCAAAUUAUUAAAAUAUGUGGAAAGUAUUUACUUUGUAUUAGAUAAAUCAGCAUAUCUUUUUUCUGCUUACAAUUUAAAGUCUGUUGAAAGCAUUUCAUGGAGAAUAUUAUCUUACAGCCCAUGGUGAAUAAGACAAAGAGGCUCAGUAAGUUUCAAAAAUAAGAUCAUUGUAAUUGUAAACCUCAAUAAAAUAAGCUAUUAGUUUAGAGAUAAUCAAUGCUGGCAAAUGCUGUAAAUGUGCUUCAGAUUGAUUCACCUUAUGUACAAAGUGAGAAAACAUUCAGAAUAGCUGCAAAGAUAAGCGAGAUGUGAACUUUUCCAAACUGAAAAACAAAUGAGUAGUUCGUUCUUUUACUGGGCAACAUUUUUAUAUGUUCUAGAAAUAAUAUUUAGAUUUUUCAUAAAAUGGUAGGGUUUUGGUAAAUGAAACUAUUUUUUUUUAAUGACAGCUGUAAAUUCCUAAACGCAGCAGCACUGACAGAUCCAAACGUCACACAUUUCAAUAAACCUUCAUAUUUUCAAAAAUCCUUUCUUGAUCUGCCCUAACUCUAAUGCAGUGCUGUCAGAUUACCUCAUGUCCAAUUCACCGGUGAGAAAACAUUACAAUACAAAGUGCAUAAUGUAUGCAUAUAACACACAUGAUAUUUUGAAAUACUUUUAAAUAUAAACUAAUGUGUUUAACAUUUUUAUAAAGGCAACAUAAAAAGAAAAUUGGCCACAAAUAAAAACCAAUAUAUUUUUAAGGAGAAUAAUUUUUAAUGUCUAAUUUGAGUCCUUAUAUCCUCUAGAAACAACAAAAUAAUUAAUUGUAACAUAAAACAUAAAAUAAAUCAUGCUUUUUAAUGUUCUUGUUCUUACAGAAGAGAGUUUGCUGACUUUAACAUUGCUCUUAUAUUGUGACAGUACGUUUCCUCUGGCACGUAGCGGAGCAAGCGUUUUCAGUUCAUUCCUAUUGAAGUUGAGUUUAAAUGCUUGUAUGGUGCAUUAUGGGAUUGAAUGCAGUGCAGAGAAAGCGGUGCGAGCGACCAAGAGCAUCAAAAAGAUUGGGCAUAUCUCGAUUUGCAAAUAUCGAGCAAAAAACGCUGGCAUUUUGAUGUAUCUUUCUGUGUGGGCUGUCUCUAUAGGCUAAGUUUCAUCAUUUUGAAUUUUAGGUUGUACCAGGAUGGCGCCAAUAAAGUGUUUAGUUUGCAAACCUCUGUUAAAAGAAGAAGAUAAAACGUGGUGUUAAAGCAGACCCCAAAGCAGUGACGGUGUAGUGUUGCCAGCGGACCUGAGCGCAGAUUUAACGCUGUAGUUGAAAUGCACCGUAAAUCUAAAAUUGUUUAUUGCUGAGUGUUUCUCCUUAAAACUUAAGUUUCCCAAAGGCUGCCCCAGAAACGCAGUUUGAAACAGCCCUUUUUUGCUACGUCACCAACUUCAAUAACCAAUCACGUCAAUGGAUAGAUUCCUAUCAUUAGCAUGCAAAAUACACCAAUGGGAUUACCAGCACAAAAGCAAAAAUUUAAAGGGGUCAUAUAAUACAAUUUCACCUUUUUAACUUUUGUUAGUGUGUAAUGUAGCUGUGUGAGCAUAAACAAAAUCUGCAAAGUCACAAAGCUCAAAGUUCAAUGCAAAUGGAGAAAUUUUUAAAGAAUAUUUUAAAGAAUUAGCAUAGCAUCGCCUACAGAGCAUGGCUGUUAAAGGACUACAACAAAAUAAUUCCUGGUUAAUGACAUCAUACACCCAGAUAGCCCCGCCCCCGGGAACAUGCAACGAACGGUGCUUAAAUGCUGUGCUGCUUAACAAGCGUUAAACAUGGACGUGCAUACUGUUGGCGUUCUGUAUUAAAGCUUUAAUCAUGAUAAAACCGUAUAUUUAAAGCUAGCAUCAGCAGUAGCUUAAUAACAACGUAUCUAAAAGUAUGAGACAACAAACAAAAACAAAGGCCUACCAUUAAGAGCUGUGCUUGCACAAGUUCUACACGAUCCUCUUCACUAAUAUCCUCCGCGUCGCAUUCAGUCUCAAAUUGAUAAGCAAUAUAGACAACUCCAUUGUUUACAAUACAACCGGAGCGCAUGCCGCUGAUGAGGGGCGGGACGUUUAGACGCGCACUAAAGGCGGUUUAGCCAAUCACAACACACUCGGCCAGCUGACCAAUCAGAGCCCAUUGCGAACUUCCCAAGUAUGUAUAACUGCAGACCGUAAAUCUCCAAAAUGUAAUUGUUGCUUUUCUGCCUUCAGACCAUAUCCAUUUGUUAUUGUCUGCACUGUCUCUUUGAACUCCAAUCCAGAAAAAAUUCUGUGUAAUUAAAGAAAAACGGUAAGAUAAAUUCUGUAAAUCUUUCUCUCUGACAGUGGACAGGUCAUCAUAGUACUGCCUGCAGUACUUCUGUGCCUCUUGCCAUGACAAAGCGUUGUUCACAAGAAAGUGAUCUCUGUAGACGCUGAAAUUCAGCCCAAAGAAGGUCAAAAAAAGCAGCACUGUGACUGAAGCCUUCAUGUUGAUUUAGAUGAUCCCCAGUGCAGCAGCAGAAUUCUGAAUAAAUGGACCAGGAGCGCUCUGACAUUGAGAACGACCUUGACGUAUUCGGCCCUUCAGUCACUGCAUAAACAAAUUUCCUUUCUUUAAAAGCCUACUUAAGGCAAAUCAGGUCACUCAGAGAAAGGACAUAUCUAGAAACGCAUUUAAAGCAAUUAAGGUUUAUGAUAUUGAAAAUGCCUGGAAGAAGACGGAAAAAAAAUAAAGACGACUAAUUCUGACUUUUUUAAAAUCCAGAUAAUAUCAUCUAUUCAGUUCUUCACUAGAAGAUACAUUUGUGAGGGACCCCCUUCUCAAAGUAUAGACAUUACUUUUUGUUUGACUUAAUAUUGUCAUGGUUGUAAAGCAAAUGAUUAAAAUAUGUGGAAAGUAUUUACUUUGUAUUAGGUAAAUCAGCAUAUCUUUUUUUCUGCUUACAAUUAAAGCAUAAUUACAGCACUUUUUUUACAAUAAAAGUCUGCUGAAAGCAUUUCAUGGAGAAUAUUAUCUUACGGCACAUGGUGAAUAAGACAAAGAGGCUCAGUAAGUUUCAAAAAUAAGAUCAUUGUAAUUGUAAACCUCAAUAAAAUAAGCUAUUAGUUUAGAGAUAAUCAAUGCUGGCAAAUGCUGUAAAUGUGCUUCAGAUUGAUUCACCUUAUGUACAAAGUGAGAAAACGUUCAAAAUAGCUGCAAAGAUAAGCGAGAUGUGAACUUUUCCAAACAGAAAAACAAAUGAGUAGUUCAUUCUUUUACUGGGCAACAUUUUUAUAUGUUCUAGAAAUAAUAUUUAGAUUUUUCAUAAAAUGGUAGGGUUUUGGUGAAUGAAACAAUUUUUUUUAAUGACAGCUGUAAAUUCCUAAAGGCAGCAGCACUGACAGAUCCAAACGUCACACAUUUCAAGAAACCUUCAUAUUUUCAAAAAUCCUUUCUUGAUCUGCCCUAACUCUAAUGCAGUGCUGUCAGAUUACCUCAUGUCCAAUUCACCGGUGAGAAAACAUUACAAUACAAAGCGCAUAAUGUAUGCAUAUAACACACAUGAUAUUUUGAAAUACUUUUAAAUAUAAACUAAUGUGUUUAACGUUUUUAUAAAGGCAACAUAAAAAGAAAAUUGGCCACAAAUAAAA